AUGGUCGCGCAAGCUCUCACCAUCCGCAACCUGACCUCCACCCCCAUCGAGCUCAAGCUGGUGGAACGCUUCCGCCCGCAGGAGAAGAAAGAUAGCAUCGAGGGCUUUGGAGCCUUGGCCAAAAACUUGACGCGCAUGGUUACAAACGUGACUCGCUCUAGUAACACCGCCGAACCCCUUGCCCAUGAUGCGAAGCCCUUUGCCCACCAGGACGUGAAUGUGCAUGUCAACCCGUUCGCUACCACCAAGACAGAAAUCAAAACCUUUGAGAAUGACGACAAGGAGCGUCUGCGCCUGGUCUUCGAGGUGCAGGGCGAGCGACACCAAAUCACCACCCCUGUCCCCACCGUCGAGUCGGCUGAGAUGAAGCCGCUUUCGGACAAUCCGCGCCAUAAAUUGACCGGCGUGUUUAUCACGCAAGAGUCUCACCUGGCCAUCUUCUCCUCGGCCAACUUGCAGGCGUGGAUGCGCGAGCUGAAAGACGAGAUUCCGCUGUCGGCUCUCUCCAUCCCGGGCACUCACAACUCGGCCACCUGCCACGUCGCUCCCCCAUCGGUUCGUUGCCAGUCCGUGAGCCCCAAGGAGCAGCUGGAGAAUGGAGUGCGCUUCUUCGAUGUUCGCCUGCAGCCUCAGUACCCCGAUGACGCGUCCAAGGAGGACCUUAUCAUCGUCCACGGCGCCUUCCCCAUCUCCCUGUCUGGCAACAAAUACUUCAGGGAGCUGAUUCGCGACGUGGAAGACUUUCUCGAUCGCAACCCCUCUGAAACCCUGAUCAUCUCACUGAAGAGAGAAGGGACUGGAAACGCCACCGAUGAGCAGCUCAGUCGCACUAUCCGCGAUCACUAUGCCAAACCAGGCAGCCGCUGGUUCACAGAGCCCAGAGUCCCCAAGCUCGGCGAGGUCCGCGGUAAAAUCAUCCUCGUCCGACGAUACAACAUUGGGGAGCACCUGAAAAAGGCUCACGAAGGACGAGGCUUUGGUAUUGACGGCGGCGGAUGGGCGGACAACACCCCCAAUGCCAACUGCCCCAGCGGAUUGCUUUGCAUCCAGGACUUCUACGACGUUCUCGAAACCAAAAACAUCGACAAGAAAAUCCAGUAUGUCAGUGAGCACAUCUCGCGUGCGGGUGCAGUUCGAUACCCCUUUGGAGGCGAUCCGAACCAGAAGCAUCCGUUCUUCAUCAACUUCCUCAGCGCCAGCAACUUCUGGGGCACUGACACAUGGCCCGAGAAGAUUGCUGCGAAGCUGAACCCGGCUAUAACCAAGCACAUUUGCUUGCAACACUGCAACCACCCGGAUGGGGACUGGGGUACUGGGGUUCUUAUCACCGACUGGGUUGGUCUGGACGGGGACUAUGAUUUGUGGCGGUGUAUUGUGGGCAUGAACGCAAAGCUGAAGUUGCGAAACAAUUAA